AUGUCCGGAGCUGGGCGUAAAGCAGAGCACCACGACCUAGAGAAGCAGCUUCACGGCUGGAUAGCCAGCCGAAAUACAAGGGGUUUGCUGGUCAAAGACAAAUACAUUCGACUUCAUGCACUGAAUAUCUAUCGCUCCAUGAGCAGCGAUGGAGACGCGCAACGUCAGCCUUUUGCCGCUUCUUCGGGGUGGCUCGACCGCUUUAAGCAGAGGUACAAUCUCGUGUCACGGCGGCAUACCACAACAAGGACGCUUCCAAGCGACGCGAAAAAAGUAUGUCUGGAGUUUAUUUUAAACGCACAGAAAAUUAUCAGAAAACACAACAUUCAGCCACAAAAUAUUAUAAACAUGAAUCAAGUCCCGAGGUAUUUUGAAACAGAGCCAAAACACACAAUUACUACUCGAGUUGUCCCAGAGGGCGUUCUUGUUGAUGUCAACCCCACUGGAAUGUGGAAUGACACAAUUCUUCUCGAUCACGCCAAAGCAGUUAUUUGCAAAAGAAAGGAAACACAGUUUUAUCGACAACCAGUUUACGCUUGUCACGCUACGCUGUUUAACGAGAAGCUACUACAGAGCUACAACAUCUUCGUUUUACUGUUUUCAGACUUAGUACACUAA